ACUGUCAAGAACUGAGAGAAUUAUUCAUCCUGAUACCCAGUCUUGGGCUCUCGGUCGGGCGUAUCUCGCGUCAUAACUUAAUUUAGCGCUAGCAAAAGGAUUCCACGCAGAACCAGUUAGCUACAUCUCUCUACCAUCAUCGCCGGCCUUCGGAAACUGCUUCAUAUUCACCCAGAUUCCACUACUUUACCUUGAUGGAUCGGUCGGUCACCCGUUCCUUCAAUGUCUCUGAUCCCGAGAACACGAAUCAAUAUUCUAACAACCUUGCCAGAGUUACCCAAGCCCAACCCAACAUCCAGGGAAGAUACAGCGGGAAUAAUGGCAAUAACAAUGUUAUUGGUAGUAAUAAUACCAUCAAAAUCACAAAUGUACUGCCCGAUACGACAAAUUCCGGGGCUGCUAAUCAGGGUGGCGCGUUUGGCGUUCGAGACGGAGGUAUUACCCGGUUUCUAGAGAGACUUUGGACGAGGAACUAACGUGCUACCCCUACCGAAACAAGCAUCGAAGCCCUACCACUUGAUUCCCUACGGCAGGAAUAGCACGUUUACUGGCCGGAAAAAUCUCCUUGAGUUGGUGAAGAGAUUUGCGGAAUGCAGUUCUCAUAACCGGAUCGCACUUCUUGGGUUGGGCGGCUCGGGGUAUGUGCUUAUUAUGUUGCUAUUAUA